UUUCAGUGACAAUCUUCUUUUGUGAGAAGAGUUUAAGUAAUUUGGUCCUCCAUGCAAAACCGGAAAUUCGUCCCCAAGCGUGUUUCCUUUUUUGAGCCGUGAUCCAAGAGGUGAAGCAUUUUAAUCAUGGCUGCAACUGAAGAAAACUGGGCAGAGGAGUCUGCUGUUGGAACUACAGGUGUAACUGUAGCAGAACUGCCAGAAAUUAAACUUUUUGGUAAAUGGUCCACAGAUGAUGUCCAAGUCAGUGACAUCAGUUUAACUGACUACAUUGCUGUCAAAGAGAAAUAUGCUAAAUACCUGCCCCACUCUGCUGGCCGAUACCAAGUGAAACGCUUUCGAAAGGCCAUGUGUCCCAUUGUGGAGCGCUUGGCUUGCAGUCUUAUGAUGCAUGGACGUAACAAUGGAAAGAAAUUAAUGGCUGUCAGAAUUGUCAAACACAGCUUUGAAAUUAUUUACUUGCUUACUGGAGAGAACCCACUGCAGAUCCUGGUAAAUGCCAUCAUUAACAGUGGUCCCCGUGAAGAUUCCACUCGUAUUGGUCGUGCUGGUACAGUUCGUCGUCAAGCUGUUGAUGUUUCUCCUCUCAGGCGUGUCAAUCAGGCAAUCUGGUUAUUGUGCACAGGAGCUCGUGAGGCUUCAUUCAGAAAUAUCAAGACCAUUGCAGAGUGUUUGGCUGAUGAGCUGAUUAAUGCAGCAAAGGGCUCUUCAAACUCUCAUGCCAUUAAGAAAAAGGACGAAUUGGAGAGAGUUGCCAAAUCUAACCGAUAAUAUGUUAAUUUUACUUGUUAUUGUGAUAACAAGUUAAUAAAAAAAUAUGGUUUAACUAAGAA